AUGCAACCCAACUAUGAAGUAGCUCCCGAAGGGGCGCGAAUGUGGCUUCUCCAUAUCGGCAAUCUCGUGGCUGAUGAAGGCGUUUUUCUCCCCUUUGGAAACGUAUGUACUGCCAGCCAUCCAAUCUCAGAGAGCAAGAGAAGACAUUUAGUCAUGAUAUCUGUCCUUAUCGAACACCCCGAAGACGUCCUUCUGCUCUAUGAGACAGGUGCAGGCAAAGAUUACCCAGAGGUAUGGGGCCCUCGGCUUGCCGAUAUCUUUGCCAGAGGCGAGCAUAGCGAAGACAUGGAGCUCGACGCAGCUAUCAAGAAGACUGGUCAUGACAUCAAAGACGUCAAGGGUGUCAUCAUUGGACAUCUGCACUUGGAUCAUGCAGGUGGGCUCGAGUACUUCAGAGGUACUGACGUGCCUAUUUACGUUCAUGAGAUUGAACUCAAAAAUGCUUUUUACAGUGUGGUGACCAAGAUAGACAUUGGAGUCUAUCUACCAACCUAUCUCCAGUUUGACCUGAACUGGACUCCGCUCUACGGCGACAGUAUCCUCAUCGCACGCGGUAUCACAGUGCACUUAAGCCCAGGCCAUACCCCUGGACUCUGCAUCAUGCAGGUCAACUUGAAAGAAAGCGGUACCUGGAUCUUUACCUCAGACCUGUACAUUGUGCAGGAGAACUAUGAUAACCUUAGCACGCAGGGUUGGUUGACGAGAGACCACGCUGCUUGGUCUCAGUCUAAUCAGCUGGUUCACAUGUUGCAGAAGGCUCGGGGGGCGAAAGUCAUUCUUGGGCAUGAUCGAGAUGUUUUGAUGCGUCAUAAGCUUGCUCCGGAGUAUUAUGAGUAG